UCGGGCAAUAACCUGGAGGCAACAUGCGAAUGAUCUGCGCCAGAGAACGAGGCGUGACCCCCGAAGCAAAGCUGCUCAGGUCCCGCGUGGCUCCGCCGUGGGCACUGGACACACUGGCAGUGUCCGGUUGCACAAUCCCCCCUCAGUCAGUCAAGGCUAUUUUUGUCCGGGGCUCAGCUGAUUGUGAGCCUUGAAGAUUCUGACCCAUCCUGAGCUUUUGUGCAGUCAGUCGCUCGGGCUUAUUAGGAGAAGAGGGAGUCGUCUCCGAGCAGAGGGGAGUUGUGCUGAGUGUCCGGAAGGAUGCGUCUCCUUUGGCUUUAACGCGAGUUGAGCGUUUUUCUGAUUGGGUGUUUCCUCUUAUUAUACCACGCGUCUCCUCGAGCGGACGGAACAACUUCAACAUCACUUUGAACCCGUGACGGCUUCGACCUUUGGGCUGUGAAUUCCUGCCCUCGUCACACUUUCAUUACUGCGUGGUCGCAACGCGCCGCCAGCUCCACACGCGGCGUCACAGGUCGUAGGUUCGGCGUCGAAGUUGGGUCCGAGGCGUCGAGGAUGGAGACGAGCCCCAUCCCGGUGGUGACGGUCCAAACCGCCCCCUUCGAGGACCAGCGGCCCGGUACCAGCGGGCUGCGGAGGAAGACGGCGGUGUUCGAGGGGAAGAAGAACUACCUGCAGAACUACAUCCAGAGCGUGCUGUCCUCCAUCGACCUGCGGGACCGACAGGGCUGCACCAUGGUGGUGGGCAGCGACGGCCGCUACUUCAGCCGAGCUGCCAUCGAGGUCAUAGUGCAGAUGGCAGCUGCCAAUGGGAUCGGUCGUCUAGUAAUCGGCCACAACGGCCUUCUGUCCACCCCCGCUGUUUCCUGCAUCAUCAGGAAGAUCAAGGCCAUCGGCGGCAUCAUCCUCACCGCCAGUCACAACCCCGGAGGACCCGGCGGAGACUUCGGGAUCAAGUUCAAUGUGGCGAAUGGAGGACCGUCUCCGGACUCAGUGAUGGAGAGGAUCCACCAGGUGAGUCGGACUCUUGAGGAGUUCGCCAUCUGCCCGGACCUUCACAUCGACCUCUCCAGACUGGGAAGACAAGAGUUUGACCUGGAGAACAAAUUUAAACCUUUCAGAGUGGAGAUCGUCGACUCGGUCGACGUGUAUCUACAGCUGCUGCGAAGCAUCUUCGACUUUAACGCCAUUAAAAGUCUCCUCACGGGACCAAAUCAGCUAAAGAUACACAUAGACGCCAUGAACGGAGUGAUGGGCCCGUACGUGCGGAGGAUCCUGUGUGAUGAGCUGGGGGCUCCUGCCAACUCUGCAGUCAACUGCGUCCCCCUGGAGGACUUUGGCGGUCGCCCCCCAGAGCCCAACCUGACCUACGCCACCUCGCUGCUAGAUGCUAUGAAAGGAGGGGACUUUGGCUUCGGAGCCGCAUUCGAUGCCGACGGGGACCGAUACAUGAUCCUUGGAGAAAAUGGCUUCUUCGUGAACCCGGCAGACUCUGUGGCCAUCAUGGCCGCCAACCUCUCCACCGUCCCGUACUUCAGACAGCAUGGCGUCAAAGGCUUUGCCAGGAGCAUGGCCACCAGCACCGCCCUCGACAGGGUGGCCAAAGCCAUGAAGCUGGCGCUGUAUGAGACCCCCACUGGCUGGCGCUACUUUGGGAACCUGAUGGAUUCUGGGCGGUGUUCCCUCUGUGGCGAGGAGAGCUUCGGGACAGGCUCGGACCACAUUCGGGAGAAAGACGGGCUGUGGUCGGUGUUGGUGUGGUUGUCCAUGAUGGCGGCCAGGAAGCAAGGUGUGGAGCAGAUUGUCAGAGAGCACUGGGCCAAACUGGGCCGCAACUACUUCUGCAGGUUUGACUAUGAAGGCCUGGAGCCACGCGCUGCCUUUUACCUGAUGAGGGAUCUGGAGGCGGUGAUCUCAGACAAAGCCUUCGCCAGCCAGAAGUUUGCCGUAGGAGACCACAUAUACAGCGUGGAGAAGGCCGACAACUUUGAGUACAUCGACCCCGUGGAUGGAACCGUGGCCCGAAACCAGGGUUUGAGAAUUGUCUUCACCGACGCCUCCCGCCUUGUGUUCCGGAUGAGCGGGAGCGGCGGAGGGACCGGCGCCACCGUCCGCAUCUACGCCGAGACGUUCGAGAGGGACCCCGAGAGGCACAACAGGGAGACACAGGUGGUGCUGGGUCCUCUCAUCGCCAUCGCCCUGAAGAUCUCCAACAUUCACGAGAGGACGGGACGCCGUGGCCCCAACGUUAUCACAUAAGCCAGGAGGAAAAGACAGCAUCAGAAAGACGCACACACACACACACACGCACACGCACACACACACACACACACACACACACACACACACACACACACACACACACACACACACACACACACACACACACACACACGCAUCGAUCCGCAAGCAAAGACAAAUCCUUUCAAAACACCUUCUCCUGUGCUCAUCAUCUUUUCCUUUUUCAUACCAACGCCGUGGCUUCAGCCUCUUUUUUUUCCUUAUCUCUGUUUGAUGUUGGAGAUUCUCAAAAUGAAAUUAAGGUUGCACAGUAUUAUCUCAAGUGUUUAUUGACCAGUAUCGCCUGUCAGCUACUUAGAAUAGUGUCACCGAUGAAACCAGGGAGGCUCUUUAAUUAUUGCUAUGAAAACAUAACAACCAGGCAAACAGCAGAGGUUAUCUAUGUGCAGACGGACACUGAACGUAUGCGCGCUGCUUUUAUUAUGAAGGAGCCUGAAGUUCCAAUUAUCGUUUCACGCAGUUUCGUUAAUAACACUCGGCGCUCACUUUUCAUGCUGCUUUUUUUUUUUUUUUUUUUACUCAUCAGUUAUUUUUUGCAGAGGUAAUUCAAAUGUGAACUGAAUUAGACAUUGCAUCACAACUAAUAUAGGAACGUGAACUAGAGUGUUUGAUAUCUAAUGAGCGUAAAGAAUAUCCACGCUGGUGUUUACCAUCCAAAGGACGGGCUGUUCGAAAUGUAAAAAUAUUCAAUCUGCCUUAGCCAGACAAGGGAUGAAGUGGAGAGAUAUAUUCUGAAAUGAUUUUACUUUCUGGGUUUCCUUCUUUAAUUUGUGAGUUUGGGCCUUUGGGAAUGCUGCAUAACCACAUUUGAAUAUAUUAUAUCUUUUUUUAAUCCAAAUAAACCUUUUGUGUGUAGUG